GCAAGGAGAUACUGAUGGCGCCCGACUAGAAUGGAGUAGCAAUUAUCGCGUACAACUUCUUAUACUGUUUGUCGUGUCUACUAAGUCAUAAACGAAUUCAACUCGCAAUACACGAUGGAAGGGGAGAUAGAGGUGGAGAGCAGCAGUGAUGUGGGUCCGUCGGGGUCCGGAAUGGAGGAGCCGUCGGAGAGCGGUAUGGCCAUGGAGUCCUCAGAGGCCAUGUCGGCAGACAGCAGUGAUGCAGCAUCCCACCAUCACAGCCAGCACCACCACGGCAUUGCCCCAGAGUCAGACUGCCACGUGGGACAGAGCUCAGAGGGGGUCCCGGUGUUCCUACCAGAGACUAGUUCCAGUACGGAUGUCACCCACCACAGGGCCACCGUCCACCUCCCAGACUCCUCCUCUGUGGCCCAGUCCACCAGCGUCUCCACUGUAACACAGUCCAUCCUGGUGUCUGGGUCAGCCCAGGUGAUGGUUCAUUCCAGCGCGGCGGUGUCUGACUCGACAGCCUCCACCUCCUCAGAUCUGGGAUCAGCCAUAGACAAGAUCAUAGAGUCUACCAUCGGACCCGACAUCAUGAAUGGUUGUAUAGCAGUGACCAGUGCAGAGGACGGAGCUGCAGAGACCAGUGAGGGUCAGUAUUUGAUACUACAAGGAUCAGAUGAUGCCCACACGUCAUCCUCGGCCCUGUCCAGCCAUCACCGCAUCACCAUCGAGGCUCUGGGAGAGGGUCCUACCUCCACCUGCCACGACCAGGGAGACAUGCAGGAUAACCCUGACCAGCCAGACCAGCCCUCUGGCAGCCAUUACCCAGACCAGGAGAACCAGCCCCAGCACUCCCACGCAUCUCAGUACAUGGACUGUAGCAGUGGAGAUGCAGACGGACCUGACCAGACUGGAGAGUCGUCCUCCUCGUAUGUAGACGACGAGGAAUCUGACCAGACUAGGAUCUCGUCCCGGUCUCUGUCCCGCUUCCCGGAGUACGGUGUAGUCGACAACUCUGACCAGGACCUGCGGGGGUACGUGGAGGGUAGCGGAGCUGCCGACUCCAACCCCUCGUCCCCCGGCAUUCGACGAAGCCAUACUCACUAUGUUGUGGACUGCAGUGCGGGGACGGAGGUGUACCUGGAGUGUGAAGAGGAUUUGAGGCCGCAGCACUCUCAGAGCUACAUCAACAGCAGCAGCAGAGCUAACCACUCCCAGGGUCACUUAAUCCUGCCUAACCACUCCCAGGGUCACCGAACCCUGUCUAACCACUCCCAGGGUCACCGAACCCUACAGCAGUAUGUGGAGUUUGUUGCUGCAGAUUCAGAGCAGCCCGGUUGUUCCAACUACCAGGAUCGGGAAGGGCAAAGGGAGGACCCAAACAAGAGCCCAGACCAGAACCAGGACCCAGACCAGCCACAGCACUCUGACCAGCAGCAGCCCCAGCACUCCCACUACAUGGAGACCACCAGCAGCAGCACUGGCCCAGAGGCCUCCCCGGGGUGGUACACUGGGAUAGGGGAGGGAGGCGAGGGCUCCUCCACAGACCACCACCACCCCCAGGCAGACACUGUGGGAUCAGUCCACCACCACCCCCAGGCAGACACUGUGGGAUCAGUCCACCACCACCCCCAGGCAGACACUGUGGGAUCAGUCCACCACCACCCCCAGGCAGACACAGCGGGCUCAGCAGAGGCUAUGGAGUGCACAGAGAGCCAGCCUGGCCCUUACAUCAGCAGCAGUGGGACCUACUCCUCCCGCCUGGAGCCUGAGGUUGAGGGGGCCCCUGAGCCUCAGUGGUCCCCCAGUCUGGGGAGGCCUUUCAGGGGAGAGGAGGGUGGCGUGGUGGGGGGGUCUGGAACUUUAGCCGUGGAGGGGGGGGCCGGGGCUGGAAGAGGACCAGGGGUCACCGUCCCCCACACCAUGGCUGAACUGGAGGAGAUGAUGGAGGUGGUGAUCGUUCAGCAGUUCAAAUGCAAGAUGUGUCCCUACAAAAGCGUCUCCAAAGACACCCUCAUCAACCACAUGAGAGACAGGCACUUCAAACCCACAGGUGGCCCCCCUCCUAAGAAGCGUGGUCGGCCCAGGCGUAGUGAUACGUUGGCCCGUCAGCAGGCUGAGGUGAAACCAGAGCCACAGCCUGAGGAGCCAGAGGACGAAGACAUCGUAGACGCUGGGGCCCUCCAUGACUCUGAAGAGGACAGUGACUAUAACCCAGCAGAUGAGGAUUGUAGGGGCAGACAGCCUGCCCUGCUGAGACAACCUGCCCCUCCUCCCUGCUCCUCCACAGACCGUCCCCGACGCAGGGUGGGACGCCCCAGGAAGUUCACCUACACAGAGGGCAGUUACAACAGCAAGGAAGCUGAGGGUGCAUUCAAGCAGCGUAUCGGGAGUGUGGACCCUCAAGGCUCCGAGGAAGCCAGUUCCUCAGACCUGGGAAACGGACCAGAUUCCUUGGCCAAUGGAAAAGCAGUGGAAGCCGGCAUCAGCCAGUCAGACUCUGAGAACAAAGACCCGUCACCCAAUGGGAGGCCGGAGGAGGCAGAGUUUUUCCCCAGGAAACGAGGUCGACCCUCCAAGAGGUUUCUCCGCAAGAAAUGCAAGAAGUACAUGAAAUAUUACACGUCUCUGAAGCCCCUCCUGAGGCCUCACAACUGUUGGAUUUGUGGCUCUCGCUUCCUGUCCCAGGAUGACUUGAGGUUCCAUGUAGACUCUCACCAAGGAAACGACCCAGAGUGCUUCAAGUGCCUGCAGUGUAACUACCGUUGCAAACGCUGGUCCUCGCUCAAGGAACACAUGUUUAACCACCAGGGGAACAAGCCCUUUAAGUGUGAGGAGUGUGACUACAGCAGUGUGUAUAAGAAGGACGUCAUUAGACACUCUGCAAUACACAACAAGGACAAGAAAACAAAGUCUGAGUCUUGUGGUCUGUCUGACUCUCAGCAGGUAUCUAAGGUGUUGUCGUUCCCGUGUCCAGUGUGCCAUAGAGUCUACCCCAUGCAGAAGAGACUCACUCAGCACAUGAAGACACACAGUGCUGAGAAACCACACAUGUGUGACAAGUGUGGGAAGUCCUUCAAGAAGAGAUAUACGUUCAAGAUGCAUCUCCUCACACACAUCCAGAGUGUUGACAACAGCAGGUUCAAGUGUGAGUUCUGUGACUAUGACUGUGACAACAAGAAGCUCCUGCUCAACCACCAGCUGUCCCACGCCAACGACCGGCCCUUUAAGUGUGACUACUGUAAAUACUCAACCUCUAAAGAGGACUUCCUGGUCUCUCACCUGGCCAUCAAACACACAGGAGAAAAGCCGUUCUCCUGUGAGAUGUGCCACUUCAUGACGAAGCACCGUAAGAACCUGGGUCUGCACGUCCAGUGUCGCCACCCGGAGGCGUUUGAGGAGUGGAGCGCUACGCACCCUGAGGAGCCCGUCAGGCGGAGGAGGAGACCCUUCUUCACCCAGAAACAGAUAGAGGAACUCAAACAGCAACACGACGACACAGCGGGCCUACAGAACACUAUAGUAGCAGUGGAUUCUGACACACUACAAGCCAUGCAGACAAUGCAGAACGCCUCAGUCUCCCAAGAUGCAAUGGGAAACACCACCAUCACUUACGAACAGGCCGGGAAUUCGGACCUGUCAGCCCAGAAUGCUCUGGAUCUGCUGUUGAAUAUGAGCAACGCCAGACAGUUGGUGGAAAACGCACUACAGGUACAGAUGUUGAAAUCAUCGGACUCCGAGGUUCUAAAAGCGGGCUCCUGGACAGCGGUUACCUCGGCGACCGGGGGAGCCCAAAAGGUUGUGACGUUCCACAUGUCUGAGAAUGGGGAGACCCUGGUGCAAGAGGUCCAGGAGGUCUAUGAGGCUGGGACCAAUGAGAAUGGAGAGAUUACCCAGAUAGCCAUCCAGGCCUAUGAGGGGGCAGAGGGCUUCAGUGUGGUGGAACAGAUGGAACAAAGCACUGGACCUGGAUACAGUAGUGACGUGGGCAGUCCCCAGCCCAUGGAGGAAGAGCAGGAGGGAACAAGAACACUCAAAGAGAACAGAGACACCCAGUACUACCUGACCUCUGGUGUGGAGGAUGGAGUUCUACAGCAGGUAGAGCUAAGCAGUGAGGUCCCCGGUUCCCCCUCCAUGAUGGCAUCCCCCCUGGACCAGAACCAGCUCAACCCAAAGAGGUUCUCCUGUCGUAUCUGCUCAGAGUCGUUCCAAGGCCGCAGUGACAUGGAGAACCACAAGAGGGCCCAUAUUGACCCCUCCACCUUCAAGUGUCCUGACUGUGACUUCACUGCCUCCUCCUGGCCAGACGUCAAGACCCACAUGGGCAUGCAUACCUACCUGCGGCCUCACAAGUGCCCCAGCUGCAGCUUUGCCUCCAAAAACAGGAAGGACCUGAGGAGACACAUGAUGACUCAUACCAACGAGAAGCCCUUCACCUGCAAGAUCUGUGGACAGAGGUUUAAUCGUAACGGCCACCUCAAGUUCCAUUUGGAGCGACUCCACAGCCAGGACCCUCCGACAAAGAAGACCCAUUCUGGAGGAGGCUCCCAGCAGCAGGCCUUUAUAGUCGGCAAUGACGAGGAGGCUCUCUCCAUGCUACAGUCCCUGCAGGCAGGACAGACCAUCAGUCCGGAGCAGCUACAGAAGGCCCUGGGUCAGGACCACAUUAUAGUGUCCCAGGAACAGGGCCUGGAAGACAAGGAGGAGGCCACGUACAUCCAGCAGAUCACCACAGCGGACGGACAGACGUUACAGUACAUAACAGGAGACAACCAGGUCCAGUAUGUCAUCUCGCAGGAUGGAGUCCAACACUUCCUACCCCAGGAGUACGUGGUGCUAGCAGACGGGAACCACAUCCAGAUGUCAGAUGGCCAGAUCAUCCAAUAUGAGAAUGAUGGGGCCUUCCUACAGGAGCAUCAGAUUUCCCUGAGUCAUGACAGCCAGAUCCAGUAUCUUCCCGUCAGUUCAGAACAACAGAUAGUCAGACCUGAAGACUUGGAGGUUGCUGAACACUCUGCUGUCACCGUCAUAGCAGAUGCCGCCACGCAGCAGACACAGACCGUCUACACUGAGGCCACACAAGAACAGCUGGAGCUGCUACAACAGCAGGGCAUCCAGUAUGAUGUCGUCACGUUCACCGACGAGCAGAGAUGACAUCAUCACCUUCAGACACUAAUGUUGGAUGUGAUGCCACUGCUUUAAAGGACAGAGAGACGGGCCUGCAGUGCAGGACCCAGUGUGAUGGAACCAUAUGAGCUGACAGUGGGGCCAGUGACAUACAUUGUUUAUUUUAUUUUAUUGAUUUAACCUUUUAACUAGGCAAGUCGGUUAAGAACAAAUUCUUAUUUACGAUGUUGACCUAGGAACAGUGGGUUAACUGCUCCCCCCCCCCGUCAGCUCUUGGAUUCGAUCUAGCAACCUUUCGGUUACUGGCCCAACGCUCUAACAACUAGGCUACCUGCCGCCACCCCCCUAGUAGCCAUGGUUUAGGAAGAUCAGCCAAAGCAAGGCUCUGCACCCAAGCUACAAAUCAUCUUGUAUCCCAAACUACUACAUUACAUGAUCAGGAGUAGCAAUUCUGGGCAGCGCCUUGCUCAAGCUGAUCCCCCCCCCGAACACGGUGCUCUACUCUGAUAUGGCCACCCCUUCGAAUUAGUGGGUUCGGCUAUUUCAGCCACACCCGUUGCUGACAGGUGUAUAAAAUUGAGCACACCUCCAUGCAAUCUCCAUAGACAAACAUUGGCAGUAGAAUGGCCUUACUAAAGAGCUCAGCGACGUUCAACGUGGCACCAUCACAGGAUGCCACCUUUCCAACAAGUCAGCUCAUCAAAUUUCUGCCCUGCUGGAGCUGCCCCAGUCAACUGUAAGUGGUGUUAUUGUGAAGUGGAAAUGUCUAGGAGCAACAACGGCUAAGCUGCGAAGUGGUAGGCUACUUAAGCUCACAGAACGGGACCGCCGAGUUCUGAAGGGUGUAAAAGUCAUCUGUCCUCAGUUGCAACACUCACUACCGAGUUCCAAACUGUCUCUGGAAGCAACGUCAGCACAAGAACUGUUCUUUGGGAGCUUCAUGAAAUGGGUUUUCAUGGCUGUGCAGCCGCACACAAGCCUAAGAUCCAGCGUCAGCUGGAGUGGUGUAAAACUUGCGCUGCAGCAUACAAUUACAUUCUAGAUGAUUCUGUUCUUCCAACUUUGUGAAAAUUGUUUGGGGGAAGGCCCUUUCCUGUUUCAGCAUGACUGUGCCCAGAGCGAGGUCAAUACAGAAAUGGUUUGGGGAGAGAGACCCAUGAUUUUUGGAAUGAGAUGUUUGACUAGCAGGUGUCCACAUACUUUUUUGUCAUGUGGUGUAUCUUCAGAUAUGAGUUGAUAGGAACCGUAGUAGGGAGGAUUUAAGUGGCUGCUAGCUAUCUCAUCUUUUCAGUGUUCAAAUAGAUGAACUCUCACUGUUAAAUACAUACCGGUAUACAAAAAGCUUCUGUAAAUUCUAAAAUGUUGCAAAUUCUAAGUUGAUCAUAGGGGCUGCUGUACAUUUUAAGGAACAAAGUUACACGAGAGGUUGGUUGGUCUAGGGUGAGUCCCAAAUGACACCCUAUUCCCCACAUAGGGCACUACUUUUGACCAGAGCCCUGGUCAAAAGUAGUGCCCUGAAUCAGUUAUUGGUUGCCAUUUGGUACGUAACCCCACUCUGUAAUUAUUUAAAUGAUCUUUCUGCGUGUGCCUCAAUACCUGCUUUGACUUGCAAGACGAAGAAGAAGAAGAGGGAAUUAAAUGGCUGAUUAUAUUUAAGCAAUAAGGCCCGAGGAGGUGUGGUAUUAUGGCCAAUAUACAAAGGCUAAGGACUGUUCUUAGGCACGACACAACACGCUAAGCCGUGGUAUAUUGGCUAUAUAUCACAAACUCCCGAGGUGCAUUAUUGCUAACAUAAAUUGGUUACCAAUAUAAUUAGAGCACAAAAAAUACAUGUUUUGUCAUAAGAGUGGUAUACGGUCUGAAAUACCACGGCUGUCAGCCAAUCAGAAUUCAGGGGGCUUGACCCACCCAGUUUAUAAUUCAGAAUAGAGCACAGCAUCCAAUCGAUGCCUAUGGAGGAUCGGAUGACUGACUGUGUGACUACAGGAUUGAUUGCGAUUCGUGGAUAAAGAGUGAUCAAGGAUAUGCUUGAAUGAAAAUGUCUGAAUAACUAAAAGCUGAUACCAAAUAAAUCACUGAUAUAUUGUCUAAGAUCUUUCACUUCUCAUUUUGUGAUUUAGUUUUUUUAUGUUUUUAUUUUGGUCCAGAUCAUUUGUUUUUCUAUGACCAAAACAGAGGUAUUGUGAUACUACUUGGACCCAUGAUGGCCGAGCUGGUACCGUGACAACCUGUCAUCUUCAUACUCUAAGCCGAUAAUGAGCGUGUCCUAAAACCUGUAAAAAUCACAUUUUAUUUGUCACAUACACAUGGUUAGCAAAUAUUAAAGCGAGUGUAGCGAAAUGCUUGUAAUUGCAAGUUAGAGAGAUCCUCUCCCCCAAAUGAAGGAAGUUAAUCACAAGGCUGAUGUCAGAACAGUGCAGUCAAACCGCUAUCAACUUGGGGGGGUGAGUAAGAUGUAUGGGGACAGCUGCCCAGCCUCUGUGAGUAUCUCACUGAGGAUGAAAAUGACUAUCUUUCUCUUGCUUCUUCUAUUAGAUGACCCUGAGAUAGAAGCACAACAGUGGACGGAGGUGAAUGGACGAGUAUACGGACACGUUCUGCUGAGAUUUAUCUUUCCUCCCUUCUACAAUGGUUAUGAGAAGUUAUGUUCUAAACUAUAUCCUGGGCCAUUUCCUGUUGUGAAUACCAGAGGAUAUGUCAACAACUUGUACAAGGGACGAAUAUCGAGAACGGAAUACAACGGUGAGAUGUACGUUAUAUGAUAUGGAAUUUAAAACCUGUGGACGCUGGCGACUACAGGUGUGUUGUCAGCAGUGUGAAUCAUAUCUACUCUGACUUUCACCUCCAGAUUGGUAAGAACCCUCGUAGAUAAAUCAAACCAUCUUUUUAAAAUGAAGUAAAGAAUAUUUUUGUUCUAUUCUAGGAACUGAUAUUAGAAACUGGAAUGCAUACUGUAGGUAAACCAAUGUGUUAAGGCCAAGGAAAUCUGUAAGCAUGUACAGUAGGAGGAAGAUUACGUUUAUUUAACCAUUAUUUAACUAGGCAAGUCAGUUAAGAACAAAUUCUUAUUUACAAUGACGGCCUACACUAAGUCAACUUGUAAAAUAACAGAUCGCUGUUGAAAUGAGUGCUUAUUAAAUUCGGUUUCUGUUUAGAUAGUGGUCGACGUAGCGGUCCUGCACCCCCUCGCCCUCGUGUCAGAUCAACCAUCAGACCCUCCAUCUCCUCAUCAUCAUCAGACACCUCUGUGCCUUUUUUCCCCAGUAUUUCCCGGAGUGUUAGUAUACCACUGGCUGCAGGUCUCUGCAUCUCCAUGGGGAUCGUUAUCUGUUCAAUCAUAGUUGCUGUGGUUCAUCGCAAAGUCAGGGCAAAAAAGAAAUGUGGAGCAACUUCCAGUGACUCAGCAGCCCACGUCCUCUCACACGUCCCUCAAAAGGAGAGCAGUAUUGUCUACGCCACAGUGGACUUCAAACCUCAGGAGAACCAUACCACUGAGCUGUAUGCUAACCUACAGACACUCAGCAGCCCCAGAGGUCAUGACCCUGACACACACAGAGAGCCUGCUGGGACGGUGGUGUACUCCACGCUGGCUAGCAACCAACGCUGAACCGGAUUGUUACGUAUCUGUAUCUUUCUUAGCCUGGUGGUCACAGAUCUGUUUGUGCUGUCUUGAUAUGCUAUCAUGACCAGGCUAUCUGUAUAAUCCUUAGUUGCUACAUUUUUUUAUUUUUUAUUAAUGAUAUAUACUUAUAAAUGCCUCAUGAGCUUAGUUCAUCUGUCGUACCCCCAUCAGAACCCAAAAUAUAAGCUUGUUUUACUCCAAUGUUUGUAAACAAAGUAAAUGUAAUCAAACACAUUAUACCCUCAACACAUGGUUAAAACUAUAGUGUUGAUAUAUAGUGUUGUAUAUAGACUUGUUUAUACUGUAUUAUUGACUGUAUGUUUGUUUUCCUCCAUGUGUAACUCUGUGUCGUUGUAUCUGUCGAACUGCUUUGCUUUAUCUUGGCCAGGUCGCAAUUGUAAAUGAGAACUUGUUCUCAACUUGCCUACCUGGUUAAAUAAAGGUUAAAUAAAUAAAUAAAUAUCAUGGAUGGUCAGUUCUUUUAUCCAUAGCUCUGUCUAGGAUAGAGAGACGCCCAUCCUUCCGCUUCUUACCAAAACAGCGGCGUGGUGCCACUUUGGUUUCUAGCUUUAAGAUGAUUGAUUUGUCUAUAUUCUUUUGACUUAAGAACUAUACAAAUAAAAUAACUCAACUACA